AUGGCAGACAUAGCCCCAACACAGGAUAGCUUCGUCCCCGGGGACGACCUCAUGCGCGACCGCGCCCGCCAGUUUGUCGAAUUUCUGGAUGACGAGACAAAAGAAAACUACAACUACCGCGAGGCUAUCAAGCAGAUGCUCGACCUGGAGCAGGUCCGUCUGAUUGUCAACCUCGACGACCUGCGCGACUAUGGCAGGGAAUAUGCCGACGGCUUGCUCCUGCAGCCCAUGGCGUAUAUCCCGGCUAUCGACGCCGCACUCAAGCAGCUCGUCCAAGCGCUGCAUCAGCCGCUCAAGCAUGACAUCCACGACAAGGAGUACUAUGUCGGCUUCCGUGGUUCAUUCGGACAGCAGCACUGCAACCCGCGUACCCUCCGCAGCCACCAGAUUGGCAAGAUGGUCUCCCUCGAAGGCAUUGUGACCCGCUGCUCGCUCGUUCGCCCCAAGAUGCUCAAGUCGAUCCACUACUGCCCCCCAACUGCCAAGUUUCACUCGCGAGCUUACCAUGACGGCACGAUGAUUGCCCCCUCAUCAACCCUGGCGGGAUCCACAACGGUUAUCCCCCAGGACGACGGUGAGGGUCACCCUGUGCUCAUGGAGUAUGGUCUGUCCACCUUCCGCGACCACCAGACCAUCAACAUCCAGGAGAUGCCCGAGCGUGCACCGGCUGGCCAGCUUCCCCGCGGUGUCGAGGUCGUUCUCGCCGACGACUUGGUUGAUGCCUGCAAGCCCGGUGACCGUAUCCAGCUUGUCGGUGUGUACAAGAGCAGCGGUGGUGGUUUCGGCUCGCGCGGCUUCCACACCCAGCUCAUUGCCAACAACAUUAUCCUUCUGUCGUCCAAGCAGGGUGGUGGAAUUAUCCAGACACCGCUUACCGACACGGACAUUCGCAACAUUAACAAGCUGUCCAAACGCAAGAACAUUUUCGACCUGCUGUCGCAGUCGCUCGCUCCGUCCAUCUACGGCUACGAGUACAUCAAGAAGGCUGUCCUCCUCCUGCUUCUUGGCGGUGAGGAGAAGAACCUCAAGAACGGUGGUCACAUCCGUGGUGACAUUAACAUUCUCAUGGUCGGUGACCCGUCAACUGCAAAGUCGCAGAUGCUCCGUUUCGUCUUGAACACUGCACCCCUUGCCAUUGCCACCACUGGUCGUGGUUCGUCUGGUGUUGGUCUCACUGCUGCUGUGACUACCGACAAGGACACUGGCGAGCGUCGUCUCGAAGCCGGUGCCAUGGUCCUCGCCGACCGCGGCGUGGUCUGUAUCGAUGAGUUUGACAAGAUGUCUGAAGUCGACCGUGUCGCCAUUCACGAAGUCAUGGAGCAGCAGACUGUCACCAUUGCAAAGGCCGGUAUCCACACCACGCUCAAUGCGCGCUGCUCGGUCGUCGCCGCCGCCAACCCCAUUUACGGCCAGUACGAUGUCCACAAGGACCCCCACCGCAACAUUGCGCUCCCCGACUCGCUUCUGUCGCGUUUCGACCUGCUGUUUGUCGUCACCGACGACUCGGACGAGUCUCGCGACCGCCAGAUCUCAGAGCACGUUCUCCGCAUGCACCGUUACCUCCAGCCCGGUGUCGAGGAGGGCACCCCGGCCGUUGAGAACAUUCAGCAGCACCUCGAUGUUGGCGGCGAUGCCGAAGAGUCGCGCGUCACCGAGACGCCCGUGUUUGAAAAGUUCAACCCGCUCCUGCACGGCGGUGUGACGACGUCGUCGGGCCGCGGUGCCAACCGCCGCAAGGAGGUUCUUUCCAUUGCGUUUGUCAAAAAGUACAUCCAGUACACCAAGACACGUAUCCACCCAACCCUCACCAAGGGCGCUGCCGACUACAUUGUCAGCGUGUACGCGUCGCUGCGUAACGACGACCUGGCCAACAACCAGAAGCGCACCUCGCCCCUGACGGCGCGUACGCUCGAGACGCUCAUCCGUCUGUCGACCGCACACGCCAAGACGCGCCUCGCCAGUGUUGUUACUGAGACAGACGCCAUGGCCGCCGAGGAGCUGCUGCGUUUCGCGCUGUUCAAGGAAGUCCUCCGCCCCGAGCGCCGCAAGCGCCGCAAGCUCAACCCUGGUGUUGGCGGUGGCAGUGACGACGAGAGCGGCGAGGACGAGAGCGACCGCGAGGAGGAAGAGGAGGUGGCGCCCAUCUCGCAGCGUGUCCGUGACGCGGCCCGUGAAAAGGCGCGUCGUCUGGAGGGCACAGGCCCCGCACCGCCCACGCAGGAGGACAUUGAGAUGGAGGAAGAGGAAGAGGCAGCUGCGGCUCUGGACGCCGAGGCGGACGCGGAGCGUGGCGACAUUGCCGCCGAGCGUCUCGACAUGUUCCGCGAGCGCCUGUCACACGUCUUUGAGAACGACACCACCGACCAAGGCUUCUUUGAGUUUACCGACCUGUUGCCCAAGGUCAACGAGGGACUGGCCAAUGCCGACCUGUUUGGCACGAGCGAGGCCAAGGCCGCCGUCGCUGCCAUGCAUGACCGAAACGAGGUCAUGGAGGCCGAUGGCGUAGUGUACAAGGUUUAA